AAACUUUAAUGAAACUUCUUCACCGAAGACUCGGUAUCCAAUCCAUGCAAUCAUCAGAAGUUGAUGAUCAAUAUCUUACUUCAUCUUCCGGAGGGAGGGAAACCUCCUGUUCCUGAGCCACAAACUUCGCAUUUACCUUUCGAUCAUUUCACAGAUCAGGAAGUUCACGUAAACGGCUCAUUUUCAGAAGGCCCUCAAAAUUCUGGCUCAUUUGCAGAACAGUCAUUCAUGUUGGGCACUGGGGAUCCUUUUUCUAGUAGCUAUUCAGGUGCUAGGUUAACAGAAAAAUCUGCUGUGUCAGGGUCUGAGAACAAUGUUUUAGAGCCAGUAGAGACAACUUUGGACUGUGGUGAGUUACAAAGUAGAACCCAUAGUAUGGCUCUCUUAGCAGGUGGCAAUGGCAUGUUGUGCAGUAAUGAAAUUGGAUUAGAUAAACCAGUUGGAGAAGACCCCUUUAAUGAUAGGUUAUAGUCAAUGAUGCCGAAACGGCAUGAUAAAGUUUCACAGGUUUCGUCAUCCCAGA